AAUUUUUUAUUUUUUAAUAUCACAAUUAAAUAUUUUGAUUACUCACACUUCAAGAUUCAAAUCCAUAAACUCCUCAAAUCUCGAUUCGAUCCAAAUUCCAAAUUAAACUUCCUAAACUAAAAUUCUUAUAAAUUUAAUCACUUUCCUUUCUUAUGUGCUAAGUCUUCAAUUCAAAGUUCUCUGUUCUCUCUCUCUCUCACACUCAAACUCCAACAACAACACUCACUGCCACCUCAUCAUCGCCGCCAUGAACGGCGGUGGUGGAAGUAACUUCCCUCCGCCACAACCUAACGGCGGCGAUUUUCUUCUCUCUCUUCUUCAAAAACCCCGCCCUAAUCCUCACCCUUCUCAAUCCUCAACUACUCAACAAUCUCCCAUCAUCGAUCCCGCCGUUGCCAUGAUGGGUCCCACUAUUCCAACCAACGGUCACGAUCAUCCCAAUCAUCACCCUCAUCACAACCACCACCAGCAUCAUCAGCAUCUUCCACCAUGGUCCCACACACCUUCUCCUCACGUAUUCGGGUUAACCCAUAACCCGUUUCCACUUCAACGGGUACCGGAAACUCAUUACUCCAACUUCACCAACGCUAACGGUGCUUCACUCACUGAAGAUCUACGAAGAUUAGGGUUUCCAAUUCAAAGCAACAACAACAAUGGUUUCAUUCAGCAGCAACAGCAUCAACAUCAACAACAGGAAUUAAAGUUACAGUUUGGUUCUUUACCAACAGUUUCUUAUGCUGCUGCUACUUCCCAUGAUGUUUCUACCAAUGGAUUUGUUGAUAGGAAUAAAAUUGAAAAAAGAGGUGUUAUUGGUGAUUUUAGGUUAACUGAACAAAUUAGGGUUCCACCACCACCUGGAUUUGGGAACAAUAAGGGUGAUGGUGAAUUGGGUGGUGGUAGGAAUGUGAGAUUAGGGAUUGGUGAUAGGGGCAAUGUGGGUCAUGAGUUGAGGCUACCUGAUCAGCUUGAUCAUCCUGGUCCACCUUCUGGGAGUAAUCUUCGUUCGGGUUAUGAUGAUGUUGAUGCGGUUGGAGAACGGUUAGCUGAUUCGUUGUUGCUUGAGGAUGAGAUAGAUGAGAAGAGUGGUAACUCCAUGAAACGACGUGGUCCGAAGGAGAAGGAUGGUAGAUCUUCAGACUCAAGAGGAAAUCAAUUGCUAAGUCAGCGUGCAAGAACAUUUAAAAGACAAAUGAUGUGCCGCAGGGACAUAGAUAGUUUUAGUGUUCCUUUCCUUUCAAUAUAUGAGUCCUUAAUACCACCAGAAGAAGAAAAACUGAAGCAGAAUCAAUUGUUAGGGUUAUUGGAGAAGUUAGUUUGCAAGGAGUGGCCAAUGGCUCGGCUUUAUCUCUAUGGAUCAUGUGCUAGUUCUUUUGGUGUUUCUAAAAGCGACAUUGAUGUUUGCCUUGCUAUACAAGACGCUGAUGUGGACAAGUCUAAGAUUAUAAUGAAAUUGGCUGAUAUUUUGCAAUCAGAUAACCUGCAGAAUGUUCAGGCAUUGACACGAGCAAGGGUUCCUAUUGUAAAGCUCAUGGAUCCGGUUACAGGAAUCUCUUGUGAUAUAUGCAUCAACAAUCUUCUGGCUGUUGUAAAUACAAAGCUUCUUCGAGAUUAUGCAAACAUUGAUCCAAGGUUACGGCAGCUGGCUUUUAUCAUAAAACAUUGGGCGAAGUCAAGAGGAGUCAAUGAAACUUACCAUGGGACCUUAUCCAGCUAUGCGUAUGUUUUGAUGUGCGUUCAUUUUUUACAACAACAACGACCUGCUAUCCUUCCAUGUUUACAGGGGAUGAAUCCAACAUACUCUGUUAGGGUGGACAAUGUUGAUUGUGCGUUCUUUGACCAAGUUGAAAAACUUGGUCAUUUUGGACGACAUAACAAAGACACCAUUGCUCAUCUUGUGUGGGGCUUUUUCUUUUAUUGGGCAUACUGUCAUGAUUAUGCAAAUUCCGUUAUAUCUGUACGCACAGGAAGCACAAUCAGCAAGCGAGAUAAGGAUUGGACAAGAAGGAUUGGUAAUGAUCGCCACUUGAUAUGUAUAGAGGAUCCUUUUGAAACAUCUCAUGAUUUGGGUCGAGUGGUAGAUAAACGCAGCAUCAAAGUUCUCAGAGAAGAGUUUGAACGUGCUGCGGAUAUUAUGCAGUACGAUCCAAAUCCAUGUAUUAAACUUUUUGAGCCUUAUGUUUGUAGUAGUGAUUGAUUGACAAGUUGUUUUGAACCUAGACCUAUAGAUGAGUUACUUUGGCUUGUAAAGUUUCUUUUGCCCUACAUUUGAUAUUAAUUAACCUCAUCUUAUGUUGAUAUGUGUAUUUAUCAUGUGCGUUUUAAGUUGCAUUUCAAUGUAAAGAACUGUUGGUGUUGAACUUUUAUUUGAAAGCAAUAAUUUUUUUUAUUGU